UAUAAAAUGAAGCUUAAUUUAACCAAAAAGAACCAGCGUCUAAGGCGGUCACCAAUUGGGAUUCUUGAAAUCGGAUCUGUGCCAGAGAAACUUUCCUUGCUUUGUAUCAGAAACUGAAUAGAUAUGGUGCUCAGAGGACUCGUCGUAAUGUUAAUCUUGAGCUCGAUUUGCCGUGAGUAUGGAUUCAGUUUAUCCUUUAUUUGCUCUCCUUACUUAAAAUAACGAUACAAUUUAUCUUUCAUAAUCAGGAAAAGGCUAAAAUAACCUAGGUGGCACCGAUUUGGAAAAUUUCUUUUAUUUUAUCGAUUCACUCAAAACAUAAGAUGAAUCGCUUCAACAAAAAAUGUUCAUGACGAUAGAGGAAACUCACGAUCACAAAACGUAACGAAGCGCAACGCAGAUCACUUUUUGCGAUCACACGCUGCGAGUUCGUGUUGACGUGCUGUUUCCUAAAGUAAAUUUAAGGUUGUGUUUCCAAUUUUUAGUUUCUUGCGCCACGCUGAUGAGUCCCUUCUGAUUUAUGAAAUCAUAUGUAACUCUCUGUCCCCUCAUGCCGAAUUGCCUUCGAGCGACCGCUUGUUUCGAGGCGUUUUCGUAAUCAUGAUAUCUAUCAGAUAAAUCAAUUCGGAACAUUUUAUUUAUGGACUGAGUAGACUUAAUAAAAGGACUAGAAAAUAAUCAUGAAUUUUCCAUGAAAAUAGAAAUGAAAACGAACCUAGGAAACUGUCAAGAACUCUGCAUUAUCGCUAGUAGGUAUCUUUUUUUUGCAAUAGUUCAUUUCUUGUCGGCUUGAAAGAUAAGAAAGACGCUUGAAAAAUCAGUUUCGGGUGAAGAUUCCCGUUUGAAGACUAUGUAUAAUUCAUAUGUAUGUUUGGAAUUAUUUACCCAUCAUAGGUCCUCGCAAAUUCAUUCGAACCGGACAACACAACGAAACACAUAAAAGUCAUCUGCAUUUUCUUAACGUUUCUCUUUCCCAUAUUAUGCUGUCCAAUUGGGCUACAUCCUCAGAAACGUGGAGGGGGAAGGGGGAAGGGGGUCUAUGAACAGACCAUAAUUAGUGAAAAAUUUCAACGAAUCAAAUAAAAAAUCCUUUCGUUAAUUUUUCCUCAAACAUUGGAAUAAGUCUUUCUUCGCCAGUAUGUUGUUCAAAGGAUUCUAGCCUCGAUCAGCUGAAAGUAUGCCGCAAACAAAUGUUUCAAGUUUUUUCAACUCCAUCUUGAAUAAUUAAUGAUUGCUUAUCAAAGCAAUUAAGCAAAUUGCUUGAAAAUCAGACACAAGAAUCAUACAGUUUUGGCUAAUUACUAAGAAAAACUGUGUAAAAAAUUUGAACAAACAUCGAGCAAGUGUUAACUUUUAAGAUUUUGAGUUUACUUCGAAGAGGAAAUUGAAUUCUAUUUGAUUGCGUUUUGAAGUGGAAGUUUGUUAUUUAGAUACAUUGUAGGAGUGGAAAAGAGUGAGACAACUAACCACGAUCAUUCCAUAACUAAUUUAGAAAAAGAAACUUAUUGGUGAAGCAUGAAUGUUUGUUAAACAUUUAUCUCGACGAAAUAUAUGUUUGAUAAUUUUAUUGAUAAAGAAUGCGUGGCAGGUUGAUUGGAAAAUUGCAGAAUACUAUUCUUUAUGAUAACAAUCAAUUACAAGCAAAAUUCGGUUCAUAAUUAAUUGACAAACGAACGUUCCAACUAGAAUUCAGGAGCACAGCAAGACAUGCACUGUAGUGAAAGUAGUGACCCGUUCUAGUGAAGACGGUGUAUGGUCUGCGGUUUACUGUUACAGCCUAGCCCAGUCUUUCUGAAUGACACGGUUGAUCACGAGCGGGAUUCUCGAGAAAGAGCUGAGUACGGAUGUGAACAUUUUUCAUAUUGUAUAGCUCAUAUAAGCACACUGAUGUAUUUCAAAAGCCUGCGUCACAGGAUUUUAGCUGAUCGCUUAUCAUCUCAGGAACUGAACCGACUUCUGCUCCAUACAUAGUGUUAUCACACCUGCUUAACUUCGCAUGCCAAAUUUUUCGUGCAGACGAGUUAGUUUAAUUUGACUCGAACAAAGAAUCGCAGUUUCACCCCAAUUAUAGAGCUUCGGGUAAUUUCAAGUUGUAAUAACAUAACAAAGUUAAAGAUGCGUUUAUGGUUUACGAGAUUAAUGAGACCCGAGUUGGAACAAUCUUACCACAGUUCGAAAUAAUCUACAUAACAACAACAGCAAUGCUACUAAGCAGUUUCUCUGAGCAAUUUAUUAAAAAACAAAUAUCAUUCCUUACUUUCAGAGGCUGUUCCUGUCUGGGAGAAGCUAGAGAUGCGACGGAAAGAUGGUGAGUAACGCCAAAUUGGCUUCGUAAAACCAAAACCAAAGUAAUUUGAAGAGCCAAUUAGAACAUUUCAUGGAAAGGGAAAUUGCCAAUGUUUUUAAUUUUGGAUCUGUUUGGUUAACUGACAAGGUGGUGUGGGCACCUAUUGUUAUCUUGUCGCCGAACGCAGUACAGCAAUCCCAGAUUACCUUUCGACGCUCAAUAGAAAAUUGGUCUAAAAUUAAAUACCGUUUGUAAUAAAUUUUCCUUACCUCGGAAGUCAGGUUAAGAAAUGCGGUCGAGUGACGACUGAGUUAUUGAUUUCCACUUGAAAAAAAGCUUACCAAGACUAAUUUGACUGUCUUCACUCGGCUUGUGAUUCUGGCUAGUGAUUUAUGUGAAAUUUCAAUAAUAAUAAUAAUAAUAAUAAUGAUAAUGAUAAUAAUGAUAAUAAUAAUAGUAAUAAUAAUAAUAAUAAUAAUAAUAAUAACAAUUAAAAAACCUUACACUCCAUAGAUUUUUAAAGAGAGAUACUGAGCCAUGGUAAGAGCCUGCUGAGUAUAGCAUGCGAAAUUUCUACGAGCUAACAGAUAAAGAAGAACACAAAACUGAGUCGAUGAGACAAACCCGGCUUGACAGUAUGACAAGUUUAGUUCGAGGGUCCAAACUUAAAAAUCUUUCCCCCGACCAUAACGACUACUAUGGGUUUAAGGGCAGAUUAAAACUCGUAGAUCAUACACUCCCUGAUAACUUUGCUUUAGCGGUGCCUAUCAAAAAUCCUUCUUCGGGAUUUCAACGUGAAGAGAAAAUGAUCUGGAACGACUGAGUUUGGUUUAGAUGAGCAGAUUAGACUUCCUGUAUGUAUUUGUUCUAGCUGUCAGUUGUGGACCUAACGUGAUACGACAGAUGGCUCAAUUUGGUGUCGACACAUCCAAGUUACAGUGCUCCUCCCAAACAAGAGGUAGGCUGUGUGUAGUUUGGAUUGAAUUGUUAUUAUACAUCUGCCUUUCAUUUUGCUUUGGUCUAUAUUCAAGUACACCUCAAUUCUUUUAUUCCCAGUCCGUCGCGGUUGUUGUGCGGCCGAGUGCGUUUGGAUGGCAAAGGAAUUAGGGGUGGAACCCAGUUCUCUAAUCUGCCCCACAUGAGAAAAUGAAUCAAUCAACGGACAGUUUCAUCGACAAAUGACUAUUAAUUUAUCUGCCUGAGUACAUGUAAGCCCAUCCUUCUUAAGUUUUGCUAAUUUGGGGAUGUUGAAAAAGGGCCUGGAUAACUUUAGGUACAGUACAGGGAGUUGAAACAUGUAAAAAAUUCUCCUUUUUUUACAAGUUUCUUUUCCCUGUAUAGCAAGGGCAAGUACGAGUUUUCUUUCCCAGGAUUAAAAAAAAGUUAAAAUUAAAUUAGAAGAGGAUUAAUUAAAUACAAAAAGUAGAAAGUAGACACAGUAUAAUUGGAGCAGUUGUAAGAUCUUUAUUUAAAGUAAGCGAAAUGUUUUGCAUUAGAAUAGAAGACGUAGAAUGAGG